AUGGGCCCCUGUACCGCCUCCUCAUGCUGCUGCCAGGCCCGUAAUCUGCCAUGGGCCCCCGUACCGCCUCCUCAUGCUGCUGCCAGGCCCGUAAUCUGCCAUGGGCCCCCGUACCGCCUCCUCAUGCUGCUGCCAGGUCCAGAGUGUCUCAUGGGUCCCUGUACGGCCUCCCAUUGCUGCUGUCUCCAUCGCCACACUCUGCCAUGUGCCACUUUCAGGUCUCCUCACACUGCUGGUGGGUUCCAUUUUGUCAUAGGGUGCUGUAUGGCCUCCCAUUUCUGCUGCCUCCACCGCCACACUGUGGCUCCACACUCUGGUUUUGGCCCCGUGACUGCCCAAAUGAGUGAAGUGUGCGGUGAUUCUAAGAUCGACGGCACUCAUCUGCAUGUCAUACUGACUGACAGUAUUAUUUCUCUUCCCCAGCAGACUCCAAGGGCAUUUAAAUUAAAGGUACAGUGUUCUGCACUAAUAUAA